UCUUGUCAGGGCAGCGGCACAUGGACUGCCUGAUGCGCUGAGCCCGGCGCUGCGGGGCCGCGGAGCGCGGGGAGCAGCAGCCGCGGCGGGGAGGGGGGUGGGGCGGGACGGCACAGCCUCGGGUGCUCGCGCGAGGGUCCGGGGCCCCGCGCUUUGCCUUCUGCUCAUCUGCAGCCGUCUAUGGUUUUUAAAAAAAUUCUUUCUUUUCUUUUUACCUCCCCCCUUGCAAUUUUGAACAUUUUGCAAGACUGAGUGUUGGAGGCAGGUGAGAAAGAGCAUCCUGCACAGGGUCGGAGGAGUCCGCGCCGCUGGAUGCGCUUUCCCUGGGCUGUCAGCACUGAGAUCCCGAAAGUUUUUUUUUGUUUGUCUGUUUUCUUAUUUUGAUAUUUGUAUGCUGAUGUAUUUACAGAGACAGAAGUGAUAUAUAUUUUUUUCUUCCUUGUCUGCACUGUUUUGAAAGCGAGUACUUUUGGUUGGCAAAGGACGGAGGAAAAAAAGCUCAUCAACAUUUCGGGGCGGCGAUUGGCCUUCUUUUUAAAAGACAAUUGAGUGCAUCACGAUGGAGAAAAUGUCCCGACAGCUCCCCCUGAACCCCACCUUUAUCCCGCCUCCUUACGGCGUGCUCAGGUCCCUGCUGGAGAACCCGCUGAAGCUCCCCCUUCAUCCUGAAGACGCAUUUAGCAAAGAUAAAGACAAAGGAAAGAAGCUGGAUGAUGAGAGCAACAGCCCGACCGUCCCCCAGUCGGCCUUCUUGGGACCCACCUUAUGGGACAAAACCCUUCCCUAUGACGGAGAUACUUUCCAGUUGGAAUACAUGGACCUGGAGGAAUUUCUGUCAGAAAAUGGCAUCCCCCCCAGUCCAUCGCAGCACGACCACAGCCCUCACCCUCCUGGUUUGCAACCUGCUUCCUCCACGGCACCUUCGGUCAUGGAUCUCAGCAGCCGGGCCACUGCACCCCUCCACCCUGGCAUCCCGUCUCCGAACUGUAUGCAGAGCCCCAUCAGACCAGGCCAGCUGUUGCCAGCAAACCGCAAUACACCGAGUCCCAUUGACCCUGACACCAUCCAGGUCCCAGUCGGGUAUGAACCAGACCCAGCAGACCUUGCCCUCUCCAGCAUCCCGGGGCAGGAAAUGUUUGACCCUCGCAAACGGAAGUUCUCCGAGGAAGAACUGAAGCCACAGCCCAUGAUUAAGAAAGCUCGAAAAGUCUUCAUUCCUGAUGAUUUGAAGGAUGACAAGUACUGGGCGAGGCGCAGAAAGAACAAUAUGGCGGCCAAGCGCUCCCGUGAUGCCCGUCGGCUGAAGGAGAACCAGAUCGCAAUCCGGGCCUCGUUCCUGGAGAAGGAGAACUCGGCCCUCCGCCAGGAGGUGGCUGAUUUAAGGAAGGAGCUGGGCAAAUGCAAGAACAUACUUGCCAAGUACGAGGCCAGGCACGGGCCCCUGUAGGAUGGCAUUUCUGUGGGCUGGCUUUUGAAUAGAUGGACAGCUUGUUUCCUGUCUGGUAGCACCACACCCAAACCAACCUUUCUGACAUCAGCACUUUACCAGAGGCAUAAACGCAACUGACUCAUAUUUUGGUGUGCAUCUGUUGCGUGUGUGUGUGUGUGUGUGUGUGUGUGUGUGUGUGUGCGCGCGCGCGCUUAUGGUCCCAUGUGUGGUCAGCGGUGUGCAUGUGUGAGUGUAUGUAUGUGUGUAUUCCUCCACAGUUGUCAUGUAAAGAUAGUUCUUUUGUUGUCUUUUAGUUCCAAACAAGAAAGGUGCCAUGUUUUUAUUAGACCCUGGAGACCCCUGUGGGGUUUCCUCUCCUUCCUUCUGCCCCUUUCUGCCUUGCUUGGUGUUCCUGUGAUCUUACUUUGCCAGGGUCUGCAGUGGCUUCAGGAAGCAGGGCCCUGGAUCUCAGUCAUCAAGACCAUAAGCUCUUGUUUCUGUUUCAGCCGUGAAUCACCAUGCUAAAGGGUGCAGAGCAUACCCUAGCACUACGCUGCAGCUGGAUUCCUCCAUAGGUUGCUCCCUCUUCCCUUUUUCCUCCCUACCCUUUCUUGUUUUCCUUUCAGUUUUGGUGAUAAUUGUCUUCAAAUUUAAAGUGCUGUUUAGAGUUAAUAGAUUCCAGUAUUUACUUACUGCUACCUACUAAGUUUCCUUUUCAUUCUGCCAACCCCAGAUAAGUAAGUUCCAUUAUAGAACACAGAGUGUGUUUUGCACUGUCUGUACCUAAAGCAAUAACCCUAGUGUACGCUAGAGCAUGCUGCCUGAGUAUUAACUAGUGGACGUAGGAAAUUUUUCCCUACCUAGGAAUUUCACUGUCUUUUAAAAAAUCAAAAAUAAAGUAAUGCAUUUGCGCAUGACCAGAAUAUUCUCAGGACAGGGAAGCAGAGAGCAACGGAAGGCCUAAGAAUGAGGGGUUAAUUUAUCAGUAUGUAAGCCAAAAAAUAUAUAUAUAUUGCAUCUUGGAGAAGCCUUUGCCAUGGGUGUGCUUCGUUUUGUUGUCUCCCCUUCCCACACCCAGCCCCUUUCCACUUUUCUAGUUCACUUUUUCCAUUUCUCUCCUGAUAUUCAAAAGGAUUGACUUAAGAUUCAGUUCACCCACUUUUUUUUUUUGUAAUAUAUAUUUUUGGGACAAUAUUUUGCUGUUUUUAGAAAUCAGUUAAUUAAGUUAAAAAGUUGAGGUUUUGUAAAGCCCCACCCCCACCCCCUGUGGUGUCCUUUUUGAAUGCCUCACAAAUGAAUGGUUCUGGAGCCCGUGUUUCUUAUCCUCUGCUUUGGAACAUAUGUGCGCCUAUCAAGUGGACUUCUGAAAAAAAAAAAUGAAUGUAAAAGACACUGGUGUAUCUCAGAAUGGGAUGGUGUUGUCACAAACUGUGGUUUAUCCAAUCAAUUUAAAUGUUUACUAUAGACCAAAAGGAGAGAUUAUUAAAUUGUUUAAUGUUUAUACAGAGUAAUUAUAGGAAGUUCUUUUUUGUACAGUAUUUUUCAGAUAUAAAUACUGACAAUGUAUUUUGGAAGACAUAUAUUAUAUAUAGAAAAGAGAAAAAAAGGAAAACUAUUCCAUGUUUUAAAAUUAUAUAGUGAAGAUAUAUAUUCACCAAUGCUGUUCGGAGGAGUGCUUGGGGUUUUUUUUGAAGUCUUUAAUAUUUUAAACCUAUUACUGACACAUCAGCAUGUUUUCUGCUUAAAAUUAAAAUUUUAUGACAAUACUGAGGCUUGCUGUGACGAGUCCUGCUCCAACGCUUUCUUGUUUCUUAUUAGGUCUCAGAAGGAAGUCAGUUAACGUCACCCAAAAGCACAAAAUGGGUUUUAGUCAAAUAUUUAUUGGAUGAUACAGUGUUUUUUAGGAAAAGCAUCUGCCACAUAACUGUUCACUUCAGAAUUCUGAGUCGCUGGAAUGGAAUGUUGUUGCCAGAGCCCCACAUGAUUUUGUUCCCUUUCAGCCUGUUUCAUCUCAUGCAGUGUAAGGUUGACCUCGGUGCUAUGUGUAUGGCUUAGAGUUGAUAGACGUUUUGACUUUAAAGAUGGCUCUUAUUUUGUUUCUCUGAGUUGUAUAAUGUCAAGAGAGUCUGCUGUUUCUUCAAAGGCACAUUUUGUGCUCCAUUAAAAUCCCCUUUCAUCCAAGUAUGUUUUCCGGUCUCCUGCCUCCACAGUAUCUGAAUUCUCUCUACGGAUCCAGUGAUACCCUUUUCAUCCCUCCCUCAGCCACUCCUCUGUCUAGCGUCACAGUUCUGGAGAGUGAGACCUGUAGGGUUUCUUCCCAGGUACCUGUUUUGUUCCAAGCCACAGGUCCUGCUGGAGAAUUAAAAUACAUGUUCCAAGCAAACUACUAAUAAAAAAAAAAAAAUUGGCUUCAGCAACUUUGCAUAGAACGGCAUAAGAGAUAACUCAUUAAUAGCCACGGGACGACAAAGAGUUGGUCUUUUUGAAGAUAGGUAAAGAGGGUGAUUGCAGAACUGUGCAGUGACAGUACUCAGCAGAGCAAAGAUGAAUACAUUUAAACUUAAGUAGAGAAGAGUUCAGGUGUUGCACUGUGGCCCACCCAAAUUUAUGGAACCAUUCAGUACUCACGGAAGAGAAGCAUACCUGGCCUUUUUUUGGAAUUGUUUUUACCAAAAUGAACAUCACAAAUGUUUUCUGCAGAAGACAUAAAAAUACCAUAAUAAAACUUAUUCUUUUGUAUACCAGGAAAGGUUUUAGAAAACCUACCUCAUUCAAAACAAAACAAAACAAACAAACAACAACAACAAAAAAAAAUUCAACACUUUGGAAUCUGCACAGGUGCCUUAUCUGUAGGUAAUUAUCACCCCCCCCCCCACUCCCAGGCUGACUUCUCUUUACCCACAGACAGUAACUAGAUGAGGAAAUGCCAUUCAGUGUCUCGAGAAGCUAGGACCCAGGGUCAGAUGACUGCAGCAGACCACAGCCAUUAGGAAGUCCCAUUGUCAACUGUCACCAUUUCAAUGUAGGAAUCUUUCCAUGGCUAAUUAUUUGAUCAUUGAAAAUGCACCCGAGCUGUUGCAUGCCCUGUCAGUUGGCCAUAAUUUGGAUAGAGCUGCAUAGCACUUCCCGAUCAGGUCACAUAGUUUCAUUAUUCAAGCAUAUUCUCAAAGAAAGUUAAAAAAAAAAAAAAAAAAAAAAAAAGAAUCAGGGUUUCUCUCUGCUGAUGUUCCCCUGGGGGGGUGGGAGGGCUCUGUAUGACAGUCUCCAACUCUAGAGGGACUAACUAAGUGCUUUGGGUCAUUCACAAACCACAUCAGGCAUGGUUAGGCCAGGCCUUUGUCUCUAAAUAGAACAGGCCUUGAAGGAACCAUCCUUUGAAGAAGAAGGGCCCUAUGUUUGAGAAAAGCAUGAUGGGACUCAGUUGCCAGGUGAGUGGGAAGCUAAAUAAAUAAAAGAACCCAGAGGUUCCUGUUCUAACCCACUCGCUUACUGCGGGAAUUUACAUUAAGUCUAAACAAACCUUUGAAAGGGCUACAGCGUCCUGUCUGGAUGAGCUGGGGUGAGUUGUAAGUGGCAACUAUCUCUCCUACCCAAGGAUGAAACAACCGGCGUGGUGUAAAAUACAAGUCAUACUUUGCUCUUUCUAAAAGUUCGUCUAUUUUUGCCCUUAGUGUUCCUUUAGAAAAAGGUCAGACUUCGUCAGAGUGAAGUAGUGAGAUUCCCAGGCGGUGCGACCGCUCUGUGUGUGGCUUGUCUCCACCGACCAUCGCUUUCCUGCAGCUGACUGAGCUGAGGUGUGAUGCCCUUCCUGUGGUAGAUACUUUUUUCUCUGGCUCUAAUUGUACUUGGUUCCUACUGGAGGCUCCUGAGUACAUCCCUCUGGGGAAGCCAAAUUCAACUCCAGGUGUUUGGUAAAAUCAGUGUCAAUAAUAAAUGGACAAAACUUAGAGGUCUUGAUGGACUGAGUUUUUAGUAACUACAGUUAAUGCGUUUUUUCCCCAAAAUGUGUGUUUGUGUAUAAAAUCUGUAAUUUUUUUUUAGCACCUCACCAGACAUAACAAUUAGCUAUUAUCCUUUUGACAACACCAUGAAGAUUGCAUCUGUUAAACAGGUUCAAGUUAACAGGAGGUUAGUGUAAUUGUACACCAUGAUAUUGGUGGUAUUUAUGCUGUCAAGUCCAAAACUUCAUUUGUUCUUCUAAGUGUUUAAUAAACUGAAUUUUUUUCCUUUU